AUGGCUCCGCGUAAGACAGAAUUUCCGUCAAUCCGGGCUUGUAUUUUCGACAUGGACGGGCUGCUCAUCAACUCGGAGGACAUAAUCACUCAGUCCAUCAACCUACUGCUGGAAAAAUACUCAAGACCGGCGAUUACUCGGACAAUCCGUGCUCAGCUCAUGGGUAUCCCAGACUCUACAAAUGGCGAUGUCUUUCACAACUGGGCAAAGUUGCCCAUUCCUCGCGAGCAAUUCGCUCGUGAAUCAAGUGAACAGAUGCACGCGCUGUUUCCGAACUGUGAGCCGCUGCCUGGUGCGGUGAAGCUUUUGUCAAAUCUGAACCGUGCACGGAGUGCUUCUUUGGGAGACCCAAUUGAGUUGGCUUUAGCGUCCACUACAAAGAGCAACAGCUAUGAGUUGAAAGUUACACGGCCAGAAACAAAGCGACUACUUGACACUUUCCAGCCUGAUAGACGGAUUUUGGGGGAUGACCCACGAGUUCCAAAGGGUCGAGGGAAGCCAGCGCCAGAUAUGUAUCUAAUAGCCCUCCAGGCGCUAAACACGGCCGCUGGUCCUGACGCGAAGCCCAUCUUACCCAGCGAAUGCUUAGUCUUUGAAGAUAGCAUCAUUGGGGUAGAAGCUGGGAGGCGGGCUGGAAUGAGAGUUAUUUGGGUGCCGCAUUCAGAUUUGGCGAUCGAAUAUCAAGACAGGGAGGAUGUUGUGCUCGCUGGAAGGACGGGAUUGGUGGAGAUUGGAGACACUUGGCAACUAGGGGAAAUUGGUGAUGAUUGGGCCGAACGCAUAUCGAGUCUGGAGCACUUCGAUUAUGAAAAAUACGGCAUUAAUAUACCACUCUAG